AUGAGUGACCGCAUUCGGCGUCGUCGUCUGGACCCAUCAGAGCAACAGUUUGCUCCACAGUUCAUCUCUUCUCGUCGUGCUCAGGGUGGCCUCUCACCUGCAUCCAGAAUCAGAAUCGCUGCUGAUGCGCAUCGUCACUCAACUUCUGACGAUGACAGUGGAUGUGCCUUGGAUGAGUACGCGUGGGUGCCAAGUGGUUUGAAACCGAAUAUGGUCCAUGCCUACUUCGCUUGUCUCCCGGAGAACAAAGUUCCUUUCAUUGGAUCAGCUGGAGAGAAAUGGCGGCAGCGUCAAUCUCGUUAUCAACUUCCACCACAGGAUUCAGAUGUCAGAUACUGUGAAGACUUGAAUGCAGAAGAGGCAGAUACGUUAAGGAUGUUUGAGAGAACUCGGAAGACGGAAUGCCUGGGAAGCGGUGUCGUACAGUAUGCUCCUUUCGAUACCAAGUGUGAGAAGUGUCCAAAGCGAAUUGACGAGGGAGAGAUCAGUGUGAUGGCUACGAGAACUCAAAAACGAUAUCAUCCGGCUUGCUUCCGAUGUCAAACUUGUGAUGUACUUCUCGUCGAUUUGAUCUAUUUUGCCCAUGAGAAUCAGAUCUUCUGCGGCCGUCACCAUGCCGAACAGAUCAAACCAAGGUGUGCAAAGUGUGAUGAGGUCAUCUUCGGGGACGAAUGUUUGGAAGCUGAAGGUCGUUCAUGGCAUUUUCAUCAUUUUCAGUGUGCUCAGUGCAAUGAUGUUCUGGCUGAUCAAAAAUACAUGCAGAGAGCCAACAAACCAGUUUGUCUGAAAUGUUUCCAUUCCUCAUCAUCAACCAUUUCCUGUACAACAUGUCGUCUUUCAUUCUCUUCUGACACUCCACAUAUGUCACAAGGAGAUCUUCAUUGGCAUGCUUCUGCAGAAUGUUUCUGUUGCUGUGUAUGCUCGAAGAAUUUGCUCGGAGUCAAGUAUUCCAGAGUCGGAGAAUCACUCUUUUGUGGUUACCAGACAUGCGGUGGUGAAGAUGAAGAACUUCUGGAUGAGGACCGAUUAGGCUCUCCUCAUAGGAAACUUUCGCAGAAGUCAACUCGUGUUGUGAGAAUCCCGGCGUCUCCCAGAGUGGCUCCACGUCUUCCACACAUUGUACAGCAGAAUCAGAGCUUCGGGAAUGCUACAAUGCCGAUUCAGAAGCCAAGUAUGGUUGUACAAGGACAACGUCCUAAGCCACCACAAAGAGCUCCACCACCACCACCCUCGGAGAAUAUCUACGAGACAGUGCUUCCAUGCUCUUCAAACAAUAGCCCGAUUUUCGAUAAAAAGUUUUCCCAUGAUAUGGUGACAUCUCCAACACGUCGUAACUAUUAUUCAAAAACACCUAACCAGUUAUCAACUGGAUAUCCAGACAUGGACGGAUACAGCACUUCUUCAUCUGACUCUGAUGAUGAGCAAUUGUACAUCUCGAAUAUUAUGGCUGCCGCUUCCUUGAGCAGAGUUCCUCCAAAAGCCUCAUCUAGAAAAUCAAAGAAAAACGAGCCAAUGAUGAUGUCAGGAGGGGGUGUCCGUAUGGCAAAAAAGAAGAAGAGUUCUAGAUGUACAGUAUCCUGA